AUGCCUAGCACAGAUUCCCUUCAACCGCCCCUCACGCCGACGGAGCGCGCCAUCUGCAAGUCAUACGGCGGGUGGACCAACUUCAUGGCGUCCAUGGGUCUCAAGCCGUGGGACCAGGAGGACGCGGACGAGGGCAAGGCGAUAAUCGCGGCGUUUGCGCACGAUAAAGAGGAGGAGGACAAGGCCAAGCAGAACAAGUAG